UCACCCCUGUCCAUUUCUCUGUCUCAGAUGAUUUUUAAUUCUUUGUUUAAACAAUUUCAAAGACCCUUCUUUUCCCUUUUCCGGUACUGUCCUCCCUCUCCUUCUACCUGCCCAUGUAUUUGUUUUUGUGAUUUUGAUCUGGGAUUCUGAGAUUUGGGGUUCUUUUUAUCGAAUAUUUAUGCCGUUAUGUUGAUUUUGGGGGGUUGUUUUUGAGCUUAGCCAUCCUUUUUUGUUUGUUUAUAUUUUGUUGAUUUUUAUUUGAAUCUAAUUUGGGGGUUAGCUCUUUUUAGUUGAAUUUUGUUUGAUGGGUUUGAUUUUUUUUUUUGUGUGGACAAGUUAUUUUCGUACUGAAUUUUCACACCAUUUCUGUUCUGUUGCAAAAACAUGUAUGUAAAAGAGUAGAAUUUAAUGGAAUCUGCUGAUUUUGUUCUUAGAUAGUUUUGAUAAUUUUUUAGGUUUCUCAGGGAACAAAAAAUAAUAUUGUACUAAUAUCGGUUUAUGUAAUUGGGACAUCUUGUUUUUUAAAUGUUGGUUUUCUAGGUGAUAUAAGCUAUCUGAGACUGGGCUUGAUUAACCACAAUGCAUUUAUAUGGCUGUCCUUUCGGUUCGCAUAAGACUGGAUUUUGGAAUUGUUGUAGAGAGAGAGAAAGUUGCUGCUGGAUGCUUACUUGUAAACUAGAGCAGAUCAAGCUGUUUUUUUGAUUUGGAUGCUCGAUUUUCAAUACAAGAUUGGUGAUAGAUAAGUGGUUUUUCCAGUUUAGAUUGAUUUAGUGGGUUAGCUGCUACAUUCUUCGCAUCAUGCCAGUUGUCCAAAAACUGUAUGAUGCCUGCAAAGAGUCUUUCUCGGCUACCGGUCCCGUAUCAGAAGAAGCUCUUGAAAAAGUCCGUGCUAUUCUAGAUCAAAUGAAGCCUUCUAAUGUGGGUCUCGAACAGGAGGCACAGUUGGCUCGUCAAUGGAAAGGUUCCAUAAAUGGCACCAAUGGACGAAAAGGGCGCAAUGGGAGUCUUCAGUACCCACCUCCUAUCAAAUAUUUGCAUUUGCAUGAGUGUGACAGAUUCUCUAUAGGGAUCUUCUGUAUGCCACCUUCCUCCAUCAUACCACUCCAUAAUCAUCCUGGAAUGAUUGUGUUGAGCAAGCUUCUUUAUGGCUCGUUACUUGUAAAGUCAUAUGAUUGGCUUGAUCUACCUGGGUAUAAUGAUCCAUCACAAGCAAGACCUGCAAGACUCGUUAGAGAUUGUGAAAUGACCGCUCCUUGUGGUACAACAGUUUUAUAUCCAUCCAGUGGUGGCAACAUUCAUUGUUUCAAAGCCAUAACACCCUGUGCUCUGUUUGACGUUCUUUCACCACCUUAUUCCUCAGAAGAUGGACGGCACUGCUCUUAUUUCCGUCGAACCCUUAAGCGAGAACUGCCUGAAGGAACAAAAGAAUUGUGUGGCAUUGAACCCUCCGAAAUUGCUUGGUUAGAAGAAACUCAACCUCCAGAAAACGUUGUGGUACGGAGGGGUCUGUACAAAGGCCCUGCUAUUAGACAUUAAAAGGUUUUUCAUUUUUUUUUGGUCAGGAUGUACAAUACCAUUAAUCAGAUUAGAUGAACCAAUGGAGAACCAAGGAAUUGAUUGCUGAAAAAGUUAGUUGUCAACUAACAUGGACAGUAAUAAUCAGUUGUCGGCAAUAUCAAGGCAUUUUCUGUACAUAUUUUAUGUAUUGUACUGAUAAAUGGCAAAUGGAAACAAGAAGAGAAUGUGCUCCUUA